AAAAAUUCUCGUAACAACAAACUAAUUUUGCUUCAUUUGUACCAAAGUUAUCUUCAUUAUGUUUGCCCUGCCAGACAGACCAAGUCACAACUUCUGAUUCAUCCCUAGGAAACAGCAACAUUUGAAACAAAUUUCUUGCGGACAAAAUAAAAAGUUUUCUUCGAUAUAGAAGAAAGUUAAAUUUUGCAAGGGAGAAAUCAGAAAGACAGAGAUGGGAUCAAGUAACUUUUACAAUGAACUUUUACCAGUUGUAGCUAUGGUUGCAACACUGGUUGCAGGUGUAGGAUUAAACACUCUGUUCAAAGCUGCUUCUUUGAAAGGGUUGAGCUAUUAUGUAUUCAUCUUGUAUUCAAACAUCUUCAACACUCUUGUCCUUCUCCCUGUUCCAAUUUUCCUUUGGAGCAGAACGACGGUUGCCUUGUUCAAAUUUCCUCUUCUGUCAAGACUUUGUGCACUUGGGAUUAUUGGGCUUUUUUCUCAGCUUAUUGGUUACAAAGGAAUAAAGUAUAGUUCUCCAACUAUGGCUUCUGCGAUGAGCAAUCUCACUCCUGCAUGGACCUUCUUAUUUGCAGUCCUUUUCAGAAUGGAAAAGGUGGAUUUAAGGAGCAAAAGCACUCAGAGUAAAAUCACUGGAACCUUAGUAUCAAUAUUAGGUGCAUUAAUGAUGGUAUUCUACAAAGGCCCAACAAUUCUAUCAACUUCAUCCACAACACCGUCAUCUAAUGAGUCUCUGGGUUCAUCACUAUCAAAUUGGGUCAUUGGUGGUUUUUUACUUGCUCUUCAACAUAUUCUUUAUGCUUUCUUGUUUAUUAUUCAGACUCAAAUGAUGCAAAUAUGCCCAUCAGAGCUACUCAUAGCAUUCUUCAGCUGCUUGUUCACAACUGUAGUAUCUGCGCCAGUUUGUUUUAUAGCAGAACCAUAUUUGAAAGCUUGGAGGAUAAGGCCUGACAUAACAUUCAUCGUGCUUACAUACUCGGGAAUUCUUGGGGGAGCAUCACUUGGAAUUAUUCACUUAUGGUGUCUGCGCAUGAAGGGUCCUGUCUAUGUUGCAUCAUUUACGCCACUAACAAUUGCCAUUGCUGCUGCUAUGAGCUUCAGUUUUCUAGGAGAUGCUCUUCAUCUUGGAAGUGUGAUUGGAGCAGUAGUGAUAUCAAUUGGAGUGUAUGCUGUGAUAUGGGGAAAAGCAAAAGAAGAAAAAAUGAGAGAGGAAUCCUCUUCUGCUGGUACCAAACCUCUAUUGCAAGACCAUAAAGCUGAAGAUCCUUAAGUAAUUGAAGCUCAAUGAAGGUUUAAUAUUAGUUUUUUAGUGUAUGAGGCAACUAUUAAAUCUUCACAGUUCAUCCUUUUCUAAGUCUUCUUAUU